AUGACAGAUGUUCCUGAAUGGUUCAAUUAUGGAGUUUUUUUCGAUGAUGGUUAUGAUUAUCUUAAACACAUGAAAUCUAUGAAGGAAUUCGUGGAGGAUCCAAAUUUCGUUCUUGUUGGUGAAGAAAAUACACCUCUGCCUGAGAACUACGUUCCUCCGGUAGUUGAACCAGUUGUUACAGACGACCUUGAUCCUGAUUUCGAGAUGCCGUCAGACGACGAGUUGAUUGCCGAGGUGGGCGAGUUGGAGGACAACUUCGUGGAGCUUGCAGGUGGUAAACCAGUUCACAUGGACGACGACGACCAGCCUCCAUUCAUCGUCCCUCCGCCACCAUCACCACCACCACAGAUGCCGUCAAUUUCCAAUCUUCCCCUUCACAAGGUCCGCAUGAUGGAGCGUUUCCUUUGGGGUUCCGAGUCAACUGACGCUCCAGAAGCCCCUGAAGGCAUGGAGCAGUCUGCGCCAUCCACCGUCGACUCGUCAAUGCGGAAGGGGAGACCUUUGACAGAAGAGGAGGAGCUUCUUGAGAAGCAGUUCGACAGGUUGAUGCAGAGGACCAAAGCCAGAAGUGGUUUUGACGGACGUUCAAUGGUCUCUGGGGCUUCAGUUAUGAGUGAGAGCCUGCAGUCUGCCGUGGCUGCUGACGAAGUUAUGAUUGCCAAACACCGCCCAAUAGGCAGUGAAUGGGAGCGCCUCGAUUCUGCCGCCAAAGUGGCCACCUUGCAGUGCGUUCAGGAGAUGCCCGAACCUGACGACACUACUGACCCCCUGAAGCAGUGGAUAGGCCCCGAAAAACCCAACAUUGGCGACAUCACUUCUAAGCAAGGUAAGCACACCGAAGCGCCGUGUCGAUUGCCUAAACUUUCCUUCGUGUCCGCACCCUCUUCGCAACCAGAAGUUCUGCCGGUGCCAAGGAAGAGAGCAGUGGCCCAACAGAGCCCGGCCGUCGACGUGGACGUGAGUGACGCGAGCAGUAGCGACGGUGAUCACUCCAAGCCGUUGGAGUACCGUCGCACGAGGGGCGAGACAGCCGAGGAGAAGCGAGCUCGCAAGGCGGCUAUAAAACUGCAAAAGAAGGAGCGUCAACAGGCGAGGAAGCUGAACAAAGCCAACUUCCGGCGAGACCUCCUCCGGGCGAGGGCCACAGGGCAGGUUCGCGUUGCUCGACUAGAGUGA